AUGCCCAAAGAAGGAAUCUUCUUUCACCAAUUCGCGGUGGAUUCGCAAGUGUUUUUCAAAUCCAAAUAUUCGUAUGCGCUAGUCAACUUGAAGCCUUUGGUACCAGGCCAUGUGCUUGUGGUGCCCCUUCGGCAAAGUGUUCUUCGCUUUGGAGACUUGACGCCGCAAGAAUCCCAAGACUACAUGUCUUCCCUUCAGCUUAUCCAAGGCUUUAUUUAUAAGGUCUACAAAGCUGAUUCACUCAAUAUUGCCAUACAAGAUGGCCCAGAGUCAGGACAAUCAGUCCCUCAUUUACAUACGCAUUUGAUUCCACGGUAUAGGACCGAUAAACACGACGACAGCAUACACACUCAGUUGGAAAAGACAGAUUUGGCUGCAGCUUACGCAGACUUCUUUGCCCGCAAAACAGAGUUUCAAGAGAAGGGAACUUGGAAGUCUGUGCCAGACGACGAGAGACACCCACGUACGGCAGAGGAGAUGGCAAAGGAGGCUUCAUGGUUGAAGGAAGAGCUCGAAAAAUACGUGGCUACAAAGUAG